AUGGGUGCUGGAGGCAAGCCUGUCAACAUCUUCACGUUCAAGAAGAACGGAAACGAACCCCCAGAGGUCCUCAACUGGAAGCUAUGGUUCGCUGUUCUCUCGUUUGGUAUCAUGGGUGCUGCCCGUGGUAUCGAUGAGGGUCUUAUCUCCGGAACCUUCGCUACCAAGCACUUCCAACAUGCUCUUGGCCUCAACAAGCUCGACACAGUAGACCUUGCUCAGGUCAAGGCGAAUGUCAGUGCGAUGGUUCAGAUCGGCUCGGUUGGCGGUGCCCUCUUGGCUUUCGUCCUCGCCGACCGCAUCGGUCGUCUCUGGGCUACUCGCCAGCUCUGUCUUGUAUGGAUGCUCGGUAUCGUUAUCUUUAUGACUAGCACCGUCGGUGGUGGCCGUCUUGGUCAGGUCUACGCUGGACGAUUCAUCGCCGGUCUGGGUAUUGGUCAGACUACCGUCAUUGCUCCUGUCUACAUCUCGGAAAUCGCACCCAAGUCGGUUCGUGGUCUCUGUACCUGCGUUUUCUCCGGUUCGGUCUACAUCGGCAUCAUGCUCGCAUACUUCGCCUCAUGGGGCAGCUCGCUUCACAUCCCCAAGACCUCGCCCAACUCAUGGGAAGUCCCUACUUCAAUCCACUUGAUGUUUGCCGGCAUCAUCUUCAUCUUGUCGUUCUUCAAUUACGAGUCACCCCGUUACCUCAUCAAGGCUGGCCAGCGCGAACAUGCAGUAGCCAACCUUGCUCGUGUCCGUGGUCUGCCUGCUGAUCACGAGGUUGUACAAGCCGAAAUCGCUGAUAUUGAGAACCAAUUGCACGAGGAGCAGGAAGCUACUAUGGGCCAAGGUGCUUUUGGACUUUUGCGCGAAAUGUUCCUCAUGCCAAACAAUGCAUACCGUCUUUACAUCGGCCUCGGCAGCCAGGUACUCUCACAAUGGAGUGGAGCUCAGUCUAUGACGGUUUAUGCUCCCGACUUCUUCGCUCUCCUCGGAACCAAAGGUCAAAACGAGAAACUUUUUGCCACCGCAAUCUUUGGUGUCGUUAAGUUCGUUGCAGCCAUUGCUUGUGCUCUCUUCCUGGUCGAUUGGAUUGGUCGCAAGCGUUCUUUGAGCAUCGGUAUCGCUUGUCAAGCUUUGUCGAUGGCUUACGUUGCCGCUUUCCUUACCGCUGUCCCCGGAAUUGAGGAGAAGGGCUUUGAGUUCACCAAGAGCCAGAAGGCCGCUUCCACUGUUGCACUGGUGAUGAUUUACCUCAGCGGUUUUGGUUGGGCCAUGGGUUGGAACUCUAUGCAAUACCUCCUUAACGCUGAGAUCUACCCUCUCCGCAUCAGAGCCAUGUCCUCCUCGCUGGUCAUGUGCUUCCACUUCGUCAACCAGUACGGCAACUCGCGUGCCGUUCCUCUCAUGCUCCUCGACCACAAGGAGGGUGGUCUCGGCCCCGCUGGUACCUUCUGGCUCUUCACCGCCAUCACCCUCAUCGGCGGUGUCUGGGCUUGGUUCACCAUCCCCGAGACAGCUGGCAGAUCCCUCGAGGGUAUCGACAGGCUGUUCGAGCUUCCCUGGUACAAGAUUGGUCGUUACGGUGCCAAGGAGGCCGAGCUCACCGACCAGUACGAGGCCGACAAGAUCGACGAGAAGAAGGCCAACGUCCAGGUCAUCGAGCGCGUUGUCUAA